AGCUAAUAAAUCAAACCGAACCAUGACUGCUUCCUCGAUGAGUCUUUUCUCUCUCCCUCAGCUUGAAAGAUCAAAGGUUGAGUCUUUCUCUCUUGCGAGUCUCUCUGUAUGUGUGUUGAGCUCGUGAAUCAAUCUUAGCCAUCUCAAUCCAUCGCCUGCUUUAGUGGAGUAGCUAUUGCUUUUUCCUUUAUGGAAUCGGUUCAAUCCGCACCGUCAGCGAACUCAAACUCGCCGUCUAUCCCUCCGCCGGUGAGCUCAGUGCCACCGUUUCUGAGCAAAACCUACGACAUGGUUGAUGACCCUUCGACCAAUGAGGUCGUGUCCUGGAGCAGCGGGAACAACAGCUUCGUCGUCUGGAACGUCCCUGAGUUCUCCAAAGUGCUCUUGCCUAAGCAUUUCAAGCACAAUAAUUUCUCCAGCUUCGUUAGGCAGUUAAAUACAUACGGAUUCAGAAAAGUUGAUCCAGAUCAAUGGGAAUUUGCAAAUGAAGGGUUUUUAAGAGGCCAAAAGCAACUACUAAAGGGCAUUGUAAGGAGAAAGCCUCAGAAUCAGCAACAAACUCAAGUUCAGAACUCAUCUGUUAGCGCUUGUGUGGAGGUGGGGAAGUUUGGAAUAGAAGAAGAAGUGGAAAGACUCAAGCGUGACAAGAACGUGCUUAUGCAAGAGCUUGUGAGGCUGAGGCAGCAGCAACAAGCUACGGAACACCAGCUGCAGAACGUGGGACAGAAAGUUCAGGUGAUGGAGCAGAGGCAACAACAGACGAUGUCGUUUCUGGCAAAGGCGGUUCAGAGUCCGGGAUUCUUGAACCAGUUGGUGCAGCAGAAUAGUGAUGGCAACAAGCAUAUUCAGGGAAGCAACAAAAAGAGGAGACUUCCUGGAGAUGAAGAGGAGAGUUGUGGAGAGCUUAACCGUCAGAUUGUUAAGUACCAGCCGUCUAUAAACGAAGCAGCACAAACUAUGCUUAGACAGGUCUUGAAUAGAAGUAGCUCACCGGUUUCAAACAAUCCUGAGAGUUUCCUCUUGAGUGAUGCUCCCAGUUCUAACUCUCCCAACUCAGCUCACUCAGCAAUGAAUCAAGUACACGAGGCAGGUUUGGUGGAUCAUUCUCAAGCUGGUCCAAGUCCAAGCCAAGGAGUAGCAGCAGCUGCAGCUUCUUGGAACCCUGAAUCUGAGUUAGUUGGACUGGAGACAGGUGAUGGAGUGUGUUUCGAUCCAAUAAUGGCUGCUUUAGGUGGCUCGCUGGAAAUAGAAAGCGAUGAAGUUUCUCCUGUAGGUGAGGGAGAGAUGACUGAGAUAGAGAACGAGGUCCCUAAGCUGCCAGGAGUCCAAGAUUCAUUCUGGGAACAGUUCUUUGCUGAUGAAACCGCGGUGAUUGGUGAGGGAGACGUCAUUAUUUCAGAAGCAGUGGAGAACUGUGAGAUGGUAAUGGAGCAAGAACCGAAGGAGUGGAAGCAACAAGAAAUGAACCAUCUUACUGAACAAAUGGAACUUCUUUCUUCAGAAGCACAGAGGAAAUGAAGAUUGAAGCUUGGAGUUUUGAUGCUCAGACCAAUACAACGAUGAUGACAAUGAGCAGAACAAUCCCAAAAAUGAGAAUAAGAAGGCAUGUCUGCAACAAGCCAACAAAAGUAAAAACAUACGAAACUUAGCUCUAGCUGCUAAGAAUAACAGAAUCACAGAACUGAAAAUUUAAAAGAGUUACUUAGAGUGUACCAAAGAUGAGUUUGCUCUUUGAGUUUUAGAUGCUUUUCUGAGUUGAAUUGUGGCCUGUGCAGUUGCAGCUUGCGAGUUAUCAAUGUUAGAGCUGAUGUCAUCUGCCAAGACAGACAUUAUAGGUGUUUCUUAGAUUUUAAAGAGGCAAAUGAGACUGGAAAGUUUACAUUUA